AUGUCUCUUGAAACACUCAUGAAACGUUUCUUCACCAUCGAAGACUUAAGCGAGAAACCUAGUUGGAGUGUUGAAGAAGCUGCAUGUGAACGGUUUUACAUGGAAACGACGACUAGGGAUGAGAGUGGUAAAUACAUUGUGAAGCUUCCACGCAAACCAGACAUGAUUGGGCGGAUGGGUGAAUCGCGAAUGAUCGCAUUACGGCGGUUUUUAGCCAUCGAGCGUCGGUUAGAACGAGAACCCGAAACGCGAAAGGCGUAUACUGAGUUCAUGGAUGAGUAUUUACACCUGGGCCACAUGAGCAAGGUGGUCUCAGAUCGAACGACAUCAGAGUGUUACUAUCUGCCUCAUCACCCCGUGUUUAAGGUAGAUAGUACAACCACGAAAUGUCGAGUAGUGUUCGACGCUUCCAGCAAAACGUCGACAGGAGUGUCACUGAAUGAUACUAUGAUGGUGGGUCCAACAUUGCAACAGGACGGUGCGUCGAUCUUGCUGCGAUUUAGAACCCAUCAAGUGGCUUUGACAGCAGAUGUCGCUAAAAUGUAUCGCCAGGUAUGGAUACACCCUGACGAUCGCAAGUUGCAGCGUAUUUUGUGGCGAUCAUCACCGUCAGAUCCGAUAGAAGAGUUCGAGCUAAAUACAGUCACGUAUGGUACUGCGGCGGCACCAUUCCUGGCGGUACGAACUCUGCAGCAGACAAGGGAAGACCACAAAGAAGAGUUUCCCAUAGCAGCAUCACGAGAACACGAUUUUUACGUAGACGAUUUUGUCUCUGGUGACAAAUCAAUAGAAGAGGCACAAGAGCUGCAGUUUCAGAUGAACCUCCUCUACGCUAAAGGAGGAUUUUCAUUACGAGCCGUUGAUUUUGAUAAGGCCGCCUUAAGAAGCAUCUACACGUGUCUUAUCGAUAUCUACAUCUAA